AUGGACACUUGGCCACCCAAUACUGGUGAAUCAAGCACCACUUCACACGUGGAAGGUUCCACUAACAGUUCAGCGCAAACCUCAAGUAGUGAGCAGCCCUCUAACAGGGUUAUAAUGUUACUUGGUCUUGAUCCAAAUACCACUUCCGGAUUGAUAACGAAAGCGUUUGAUUCUUAUGGUUUAAAAGUUACAGUUGAUUAUCAACGAGAUGACACUAUAGGCUACGUUCAUUUACAGCAUCCAAUUGCUAAGGAAAUAGCAGAACGUAUUAUGAGCAGUGGUGGACUUAGAAUUAGUACUGAGGUUUCUGUUCUGCGUGCUUUGGAAGGAAAAAAUCGAGUUAAGAGACUCAGUGUUCGUCAACAUCCGUACAAUAAUCAGCGUCAAUUCAUGGAUGUUUAUGAUGAACAAACAUCAACGCAUCAUCGACAAAAAUUACAAGUAAAGGUUGCAGGAAAGCAUGGAAGAAAGAAAAGAACAAAGAAAAAACUUCUAAAGCAGAAGAAACGAAGCAUCGAAAACGCAAAAAGAAUGUUAGAAAUGAAACAAGUUGAUAUAAUGGAAGGUCUUGACAAUGGAAUCGAAGGAACUUUAACUUCACCCAUUGUUGAUAAUCAGUUAGUAGCAGAAGCUAGGACAAAACGUUGCAGUCAAAGUUCAACUUAUUCAUCAUUAGAUAGUAUAGGGGAUUUCAUUAAUUCUACAAAAGUUCCUGCCUAUAAUAUUCCCAUCCACCAAUCGUCGAAAGGAGAAGCGGAAAUUGUCGAUCUGUCAAAAAAGUUUCGUGACUUUUUGAUCCCAACAUCCCAAAAUCAAAAAACUCUUUCUAACAACACUUUUGGGUUUAACAGCAAUCCUUUCUACAAUAUUCCGUAUCAUCAAUCACCACUUAGGCAGGAACUCAAGUUGGAAAGCAAGGAUGAAGCGGAUGAAGUGGAAAAAAUAUUCAAAAAUUUAUACCUCAAUUCCGUUGACAAUGAAUCUACACUAUGA